ACUUCUUCCCUCCAUGUCGUCAAGCAGUGGGCAUGUACGGAACAGGAAUUAAUAUUUCGUGACCUAGGUCUCGUUGAUUCAGACCUUAUCAGCCACGAUGCUUGGCUGAUACUCUUGUGAAGGAAUUGUACCGAGGAGUGUACAGUGAAGAUGUAGUUGGCUGGCUUUUUGUUUGUGAUUACAAGUCGUCCAUGGUUGAUUACCUGUGACUAGUGAUCUGAUUAUGAACCCACUUUCAUAUGUAUUGUGUUUGGUCAGCCACAAGCAUGUAAGGGUUCUUUGAUGUUGUGGAUUGUUCUGUGAUAAGGUUUGGCCAAAUCGGUUGUGUAUAUGAAGCCUUUCUGGAUACAAUGACUUCACUAUGGCUUUAUGUGGUGUGUUGACUCAUUUUUAAGCAUUUGGAAGUUUUUGAUUAUAUUUAUGACAUACUUACAUAAUAUGUAAAUAUGGUAAUCAUGCAUUGUUGGGUAUGACGUCCUCGACAUGCUUGAGGUGUGAUGAAUUUUUGAUGUCACAGUUAUUAAUGACUUAGUGAUAUCAAUAUUUAUGAGCAAACAUUGGAUACCAGUAACAAGCAAUUCAAUUUCAGUGGGAAAUGAUUGUUUGAUGUUCAGCUUGAGUUUGUUUCAUGAAGCAAGUCGAUGAAACGUUGAUGAUAUACUGAAAAUUCUGCUACCAACACAGUGAUGACAAUAUUUACUGUGGCAAUGAGAAGCAGACAGACACAACUGUGCUUGUGUUGUUUUGACCGCUGGAGAUAGAAUGGGGUUUGCUGUGUAAUACGAUACCCUUUUGCCAUGGAGUGUAUCAGUCAUCUGCUGGGAUUUCACAAAACUUGUACUGUUAUGACAAAACACAAGUGCAGAAGAUGUCGUCAAUUAAGCAGGGAUGUACGAGCCCAGGUGAAUGUGAAAGACUUCAUCAUAGAAGACUUGAAGAAUGAAACGGUCAGUCGACUGCCAGGAAGUGUCAAUGGGCAGCAGCUGGUCAUACAGAACUGUGAGGACUGUAACAUCUAUGUGUUUGACCACUCUGCAACUAUAACCAUAGAUGACUGCACGAACUGUCGGAUGUUCCUUGGACCAAUCAAAACAAGUGUUUUUUUCCGUGACUGCAAGGACAUCAAAGCAAUGGUUGCCUGCCAGCAGUUCCGGACGCGAGACUGCAGCCGACUGGACAUAUUCUUGUGUUGUGGAUCGCAGCCUAUCAUUGAGUCCACCAACAAUGUCAAGUUAGGCUGCUUCCAGUGCUCCUACCCACAGCUCGACACUCAGAUGAAGGCGGCCGGGAGGACAGUGUUCAAUAACACCUGGAGUAACAUCCACGACUUUACGCCCGCCCCAGGGGAGACAAACUUCUCCCUUCUCUCAGAGGAUGUGAAUAUUGAGGACUAUAUCCCACUGCCAACUGGGGAGCAGUUUGCCUCUUUACAGAUCACAUAUGAUGCCAGGAAGAGUUGUGUCCCUUACACACUCGGCACAAGGCGGAAAAAGUCAGAUGAGUCAUGUCUCAUUAUAUUCUUCAAUGAUGGAGGCUCUCAUGACCGGGCCAUCUCAUUUAUAGAAGCCAUGAGGAAUAACCAUCCUGACUGUUCCCUGAUGCAGACGAAGGAAGUCUCUAUGCAGUCUGCAGACGCACAACGAGUGUUUGGCACUGACUCCUAUUCAUUAGCAGUACAACAAGGGCCUGUGAUUGGGUUGGAGUAUAAUGGAACUGGUGUAAUAAAACACUGCCAAGAAACAGUUGUGGAUCUGACGAAGGGGACAACUGGGCUGGUGUUCGUGAGCCAGAACCUGACAGCAGCGCUGCAGCAGAUCGACAACUUCUACAACUUUGCCGACAUGCAGAUGGGCAUGUGAUCACUUGCUCCAUCAUCAGAUCGUCAACCAAUACACUGAGUGCCUGACACACGCCACUGCUAGUGUCCUACAGAACAGUCAGACAGUCUGCACAGCAUGGAAGCAGGGGGUGUACACCAUCAAUAGUCAAUUCUAUGGCCAGACCAAUUCAAUUACUUGUUUUAGAGAUCCACCUGUCACUCUUAAGCCGUUUUCAAUUGGAAUAAUAAUUGUGUCUAGUUUGUUUGUUAUUCAUAUGAAAACAUCUGUUUACUUUCAUAAUGGUUUAAAGGGAUCCAGUCAUCUAAGGUGCUCAAUUGACUGUACACACCACCAAUCUUGUGGGUUUGAAUCCUCGGUUUACCCUGAUUAUGUUUCUAGGUUAGUAAGCACCAUACCCAUGGUCGUGGGUGUCAUCAAACUGAUGAACGUUUGACACAUGCAGCACUUCAGGCUUUCCUCCCACAUUAAGCUGACACGCCGCGAUAUAACUGGAAUAUACUGUUCAAAGCAGCGAUAAACCCAGCUCACUCACUCACUCACUCAUAACUGGUUGCAAAACUUUUCCUCAUUUCCUAAUUUUAUGGUACAAUGUGUGAAGCCCAUUUCUGGUGUCUCCCGCCGUUAUAUUGGUGGAAUAUUGCUAAAAGCGGUGUUAAACUAUACUCACUCACUCACUCACUCACUCACUCCUAGUUUAAUACUGGGUACUUCCUGUUGGCCAGAGAGAGUUCUGAUCAUACUUUGUCCUUCCAUCAUUAAAAUUUAAGAGUUCUCCUGCCUUCAGGAGUUUUGGGGAUGAAAGCUGAUAAAACAAAUACUUACAUUGGCCUGGCCUUUAUUGAGCACAGAAAUAUUAAGUUAUAUACGAAAAAUAAUUUAAGAUACCCUAUGCUAUGAUGAAGUAAAGUGAAGAUUUUAUUGAGGAUUAUAUCUAGAUGCAUGACUUGUAUGGUAUUUUGUUUAGGAUGUUGAUAUAAAUUGUAUUUCUAUAUGAAUGGGGUAAAUCCCUGAUUGUGUCUUUUAUGAAUAAACUUUAGUAAACAAAAUUAAUCAUAGGGGAACGAAAACAUGUGCCAAAUUAUGAGUUUGUUAAUGUACUGUUAUUGUAAAACAUUUACCAUCUUCAAAUUUCAUACUGUUGUUUACUAAGUUACAUUGCAGCGUGUCAUUUAGUAUUAUGUCAUUGGUCAUUAUGAACUACUUAUUCCUUGGUAAGACUUGUUCGAUACACUUUGAAUCAAGCAUUAUUAACCAUGAUUUUUUUAGCAUACUUUGAAUGUUCUGUUUCUAAUAUAUACCUUCCCCUUGAUUAUUGUUGUUCGUGCCACAAAACAAUAUUAACCUAUUGAGUGUGUGCUGAUUUGGAAAUUACCGUAUUCAACGUAAUACGCGCCCAAGGUGCUAUCAAAAUUAGAAAUAGGGGGCUCUUAUUACAAUAUUGAUUUGGUGGAAAAAAAAUAAUUUCAUGGUUUAUGCUGACAGCCUUUA